ACUCACAAAGGUUUUCAUCAAAACAAAUCGCCAAACAUGUUCAGCGGCAACAUCUGCUGCCGGGCCGCUGCGGCCGCGGCUCGCAGUCUCACCACAGCCACCGGCUCCGGCUGGGGCGGGCUGCUGACGGGUGCUCGUGCGGGGACCACGCCUGGGGCCUGCAGCGCAGCCCCUGCUACAGCCUGUGCCGCCUCCCCUGCUGCUGCUGCCGCCGCCUGCUACUCCACCACCAUGGACUACUCGGGCGGGGGCCUGGGCUCCCACAUGGGCAGCCACCCGCUGUCGGAGCUGGACAAGAUCAAAAAGACCGCGCGGGGGGAGAUAGACAUCACAGAGUCGGAGCCGGGCACGGGCGACAUGCCGCACCCCAGUGGCCGCAUGCUGGGCAGCGUGGAGGCGGAGUUCAGGGAGGAACCCGCACAAGACAACCCGGACGGCUUUUCCGCCCUGCCGGACUUUUACGUGGGCGAGGCGCCGCCCGGCCAGCGCCGCCCCGGCGCCCCCGGCAGCGGCGACGCCACGCCGUUGUCCGACCCCAGCCUCAAGACCGGCCGGGCCCGGGGUGCCGACCCACAUGCCGGCACCAACCUCGAGGGCAGCUACGGCGGCCAGUCGGCGGACUACUACCACGGAAUGAUACCCGUGGUGACGGAUCCCAUGACGGGCAUGGCGAGCGGCACGGUGAUGGACGCGAGCGAGCAGGCGCGCAAGGAGGUGGGGCCGGCAGUCAUCCGGGGGCCGGGCUCGGACGCGGUCGGCGUCAACACGCGACCCAACAUCAAAGGACCCGAAGGAGACGUGUCCGCUUAAGCUGGCGAGCAUGCGUGCAGGCCUGGGUUGGUGGUAAGCCAUAGGCUGUGUUGGCGCAAAUAGAGCGAGCUAUUACCGAAGCCGAGGCAAGCAAGGGGAGCAGUGCAACUGACAGCUCGCUGUCGUUGUGGUGGACUGGGGCCGGUUGUUCGAGCUUGGUUUAAUCACAAUAUGUGUAAUUUGUGUCGCUG